CUUUGUUUUGGUGUGAAGAUGGCUGAGCGUGAAGCGCUAAAAAGAGAAAUAGAAGAGCUGCAGAACCUCAUUAAUGACUAUAAGAACACUCACGGGCAUGUUCCUUCAAGCUCUGCCCAGGGGGGUCAAGCCAGACGGGGUUCAAGAAGGGGUCAUCGCACACAAGACACACAGUCAUAUUUAGCGCCGCCACAACCUAAUGUGCCUAGCUCUGCUGGCAGCUGGAGGAAAACAUACUCCCUUAGCAAUAAGGCCACCAGGGCCACUGAAAGGAAUGCAUCUCACCAAGCUCAGUCUUACCUGAACCAGCAUUCCCACAACUUCAGCAGCACAUCUAGAAUUUCUGGAAAUAAUACAAGAUUUGUUGGGAGCAAGGAAAAGAUUCCAGAUGGACAAACCAAGAGUAAAUCUACAGCAUCUUCAAUAAAUGUCCAAAACGAAACAUCACAGGAGAGGAACACAGUAGUCACAGCCAGUGGAAAAAGGAUUGUGCUUAUAUCUGCAUUGGGGAAGACUGGCAGUGGCCAGUCAUCUAAUGAUUAUUUAACAGGCUCAUCUUCAUCAUUCGAACAACAAAGUGAGCAUGAAAGGAAGAUAAAUCCCGCUUUGAAAUCACCUGAAGCUGUGACCUAUCCCUCUAUCCCUUCAUCUGUCAAACAAAAACCUGAAACUGAAUUACAGGUCAAACAAUGCCUCCCCUCUGUUGCCUUAUCCAAUAGGACUGCCAUAAUGCCAGCAGCCAGUACGUAUUCUUCUAAAGCUUCUUCUGCCACUAACCAUCAAUCUCAGCCUUCCUCAAGCCCCACAAAGCUCCAGGUUAAACCAGACUCAACACAGACACAUGUAGCCUCCUCAUGCCAUAAAAGAUCUCAGUUUACCUGGGUGAAAAAAGAGAUUGAAAAUGAAAAAAGCAAACCUAAGCCAGAAGCUUGCCCCACAGAAAUCUCUGUCUCCUCUGCCUCUUCGUCCCCUCCUUGGACAGCCACUGCAAGACGAGUCUCUGGCUCAAGCAAGAGGAUAUUUUGCAAGCCUAGUAUUUCCCUUGGAGCUCAUAAGACCUCAAAGUACACCUGGGUAUCUUCAUCUUGCUCCUCAUCCACAGAUGGUAAAACAAGCACUUCAACCAAGCCUCUACGCAAACCCCUUUCACCCAAAUCUCUUAAGAUGCCUGUAAAAACAGCUCAAGGUGCUCUUGAGGGACCCAAGAAACUGAGAUAUGCCACAACUUCAACAGCUGUAACAAAAAAGUCUAGAGCUGGAGGUGCCUCCACAUCUCAUGUCGGCCAUGCUAGCCGCUAUCGCUGGAAGGCAGCUGGACAAAACGCUGCUGCAUCUGGCUCAACUCCUAGAGCAACCCAUAAGGGCACUGUGUAUCAGUGGACUGCUAACAAGAAUGGUCAAAAGGGGGAAAAGGGAUCUGUUGUGUCCUACAGGCCAGUCCACCUGAGUGCUCCCACCACUGCUUUUUCAGCUGGUGCCUUUAAGCUUCAGAGCCGAACUAAGAUCAUCAGAAGAUCCACUAGCAGCACUCCCUCUGUAGAGAGGAAAUACAACCCUUUUGUGCAGACUGUGAGUCGGUAUUCCCUGCGGAGGCGUACACAAACUCAAGUGAAGUCUCCAACCGGUGCCAGACGAGCUCCGUCCAAAGUGCUGGUCUCAUUUGGUAGACACAAGCUCCGCCGCCUCUCUCUCACAGCUGCUUCACUUGGGACCCUAAAAUCAGGCCCCCCUUCUCCAUCAGUGCAAAGUCUGGCAUCACACAGGGUCAUCAAAACACGCUACAAGAUCGACACACGUAGAGUCUAUGCAAUCCACCACAACCCUGCUCUUUCCUACAGGAUUAAGAGAAUCCAAUCAGCCAGAAUCCUCUUGCAGAAUCGCUUAAGGACGACCUCAGAAAGGCAGUGGAGGGGGCGGAGCAUGAGGUGGAUAGGCGGAGCGCUAUACAGAGUCUCAGCAAAUAAGCUCUCUCGGACUCAUAGCACCUGCACAUCUUACAUUAGACCAGAAGAAUGGUAUGGUCCGGAUGUUUCCUACACUAGUAGUCUGGGAAGAACAUCCGCUUCACGUUAUGUUGCCAGUCGUGCUGUGCAGAGGAGUUUAGCUAUAAUCCGACAGGCUCGGCAAAAGAAACAAAAGGCCAAGCAGUACUGCAUGUACUAUAACCGGUUCGGCAAGUGUAACCAUGGUGACACUUGCCCUUACAUCCAUGACCCUGACAAGGUGGCCGUCUGCACCAGGUUUCUCCGAGGCACAUGUAAACAGACAGAUGGAACCUGCCCUUUCUCUCAUAAAGUAGCUAAAGAGAAGAUGCCUGUGUGCUCGUACUUCCUAAAGGGGAUCUGUAAUAACAGUAGCUGUCCCUACAGCCAUGUCUAUGUUUCUCGCAAAGCUGCUGUGUGCAAAGACUUUGUCCGAGGAUAUUGUCCUCAAGGAGAUAAGUGUAAGAAGAAGCACACUCUGGUGUGUCCAGAAUUCUCCAGUACUGGCAUCUGUCCACGUGGAUCCAAAUGUAAGCUGCACCACAGACAGAGUGUGAAACGCACUGGCUCGGACACAAGCUCUGGACCAGCCAAGAGAGCCCACAACAGAGACAUUUUAAAGAGAUCAGAGGAAGGGAAUAGUCAGUCUGGAGGGUCCACACUGGCAGAUGAGGGUUCAUCCUGCUCGGGUCCUGAGAAGCUGCCAUCCUACAUAUCUUUGUCCAGCUCUCCUGACACACCAGAGAACUCUGAAGCCCCUGAGUUCCCUCCCACUACAGGCCCACAGGCCAAAGGAAAGAAACUACACAUCAAGCCACGCUUCUAACAAUUACCAAAGGAAGACUGUGGUCAACUGUCAAUUAUGGUGGGUUUUUAUUAUCGGUAGUAAAUCAUAAAAAAUAUUUGUCAUUUUUUUAGACAUUGACCUUCUGGAACUUUAAAGAAAUUAGAAAGACAUAUUUACAUUAGGUGUACACAGAGGUUAAAACAAAAAAGAAUUAUAUAUAUAUAAAAUAUACUAUUAGUGGCAGUGUCACAUGUAUAGUUUCAAGAAUUCCAAGUUGUAAUUUUCUCCAAAUUUUUCUUAAAUGUUACAAAAAUGGAGCAGAUCUCGGAUUGAUGAAAUGCUCAUUCAUACAAAAAUAUGCUGAAGUUUACUUUUAUGAGUCCAUGAGUUAUUUUCAAAGUGUAAAGUAAUGCUCAGGGAUUUUUAAAUCUGUUUCUUUAGUGAUUUAUAGUGUAAAUAGAUUAUUUUAUUGCAUAGAAUGUACUCUCGAGCAGUUGUUGUAUUUUCAA